ACAGGCCUUUGUAUUCAAUAGUCCUAGCUAAUCUAUAUAAUAUCUGCAAUUAAAGAUCUAGUAUAAUAGUGAAUGAAUCUGAAAUACGGUGAGCUACCGAGAAAUACCACAUGGUUUUUACAUUUACAAUUUUGUGAGUUUCAUAUUCUAGAACAGCAUUUUUAAAUAUUAAUCGUGUAUUUCGUGUUUCAUAGCAGGUGUUUGAACUACUUUUGUUGACAAGAAACUGUCACAUACAGUGUCAAAGUCCCCUUUUUUCUGACAAUAACAUCUUUAAACACUUUCUUCUUAACUCGUGUCACUCUGGGCCAUUGACGUCCUAAAUACCUAGACUGCGCAUGGGCUGAAAUCUGUGGUCGAGAGCCUCGCACUUCUGGUAAGGGCAAAAGAAGGCGCCAAGAUGGUGCAAUCAUGCUGUGCUGUGGGUUGUACAAACCGUUAAAAGUCAAGCGUAGAUAUUUCUUUUCAUCCACUCCAAGAAAGACUUCACUGACAAGCUUAAGGGCUGCAGAAACAUCAGAAACCCGAGCAUCUCCAUUUCCGCAGCCUAAUCCUGAAGUUCCUCUUGCAACCUUAGUUAACAGUGAACAUUCUUAUAACUGUGAUUCUCAUUCCUUGAAAAUAAAGUAUGACGAGGUGAAGACAAAGCUGGAGGCAACCAAACAGGAAUUACACAACACAAAGAGGAGGGAGAAGUGUGCCAGGCUCUCUGUAGAGGCUCUUUUGACAGAGGUGAAAGAGAUUUGGGUCUUGUCUGAUGAGGCACACAGGUUGCCUGAAUCAUAUAAAGAUAUACCUGUUCACCUUUUCACCCCGCCCGAGCCAUGAAUAUUCAAAGGAGCAAACGAAAUUUGCAACAACUCUGUUUUUCUAUGGACCCAGGACUUAUCAUUUCCUGAAAGAAAAGAUUAAUUUGCCUCAUCCAGCUACAAUAACUGCCCAGAAUUCUACAUCGGAGAAACAGAAAGAAAAAUUGAAAAACAGAUUCACAGAACACAUUAAAAAAACGUCCCAUGUUUUCUACCAUUACAACUCAAAAAACCAUAGCAUAUCUAUUAAAAACACAGUAAUUUGAAACAAAAAACCAAACAUAAACAAACUAAAAAUCAAGAAAUCCAUCAUAUAUUUUCACAAUCUCAGAAAAAGUUAUGGAAAUAAUAAUUUUGGUCAUGGAAUUUGAUUGCAAGAUUCGUUUGGGAACCCUGUUAUAAUAUUGAAAUAUUUUUACUGUUUGGAAGUUUAACUUCAGCAGAAGGGGUCGAUAUUAUUGUCAUUUGUAUAUAUAUAUUUAUUAUCAUUAUUAAUUAUUUUGUCUAUUAUAAAUUGUCCUAUGUAUAUCACAUAAUCAGUAGCUAAUGUAACUUAACAGUUAUUCACAUGUACAUGAAGGCUAGAUUGGAUUUUAAAACAACAAAAAAUAAUUAUUCUGUGUUAUAAUCACUGUAUUGUUAUGAAUUGUCAGUAAUAAA